GCCUAGCGGUGUGGCCAGGGAAAGAUGCAUUCGCGAGCGUAUCUUCUGCUCAGACGAGAUCUCGAGAAUUUGAAGCGCUUCCCAAUGGAGGGGUUGAGUGCGGGCCCGUGCGACGAGCUGAACAUGUUCAACUGGCAGGCAAAGCUGCAAGGUCUUCCGGACACCCCUUGGGAAGGUUGGCUCUCGGUUUCCGCCAAACUUCCCCUCUGCACACGAGACUGCAGGAGGAGUGUUUCAUCUUCGCCUGCAGUUCAGUGGAGAGUUCAACUCCGUUCCUCCCACCGUCCAGUUUAUGACCAUCCCUUUCCACCCCAACAUUGAUCCUUCAGAUGGGACCCCACACUGCCACCUCCUAUCAUCCGUUGGCUGGAGUGAAGUGGUCUCGGUACCAGUCCUCCUCAUUGCUCUCCAGGCUCUGCUCUUCUCCCCAGAGCCAGAGCACACAGUCAACCCUUCAGCUGCAGAACUCCUGGAGAGAGCUCCUCGUACAUACUGUCAGAUGGCCCGUGACUGUGUGUCUGCCAGUCUCAGAGUUGAUGCUGGACUGCCUCCGUAUGAGGAAGAAGCAGAUGUUACUGCAGCCCCACCGCUUUCCCUCCCUUCUACACCUCAACUCCCCUCCCUUCAGCCUCUUUCAGUUUCAUUUGAUGACUACCUCAAUCUCUGGAGAGGCAUUGCAACCUCAAGACCUCUCGGCCCCCACAAUGGUCUGGACAUUUAGCUACACAACUUCUUCUAAUGUUAUCGUGGGCAGUUUGCUUACCUCUCUCUAGAAGACAAAAGAGUUGGAUCAGCAAUGGACAGGAGGUUUAGAGAGACCAGCUCUAGAGGAACCAGCAUGCAACAAAAGAUCAAUCAACAUCACGUCCUCAUACAUGGUCAAGGUGGGAAGGAGGGAGACAGGCUACCUAGGAGUUCAGUGAGACAGCAAAGAAUGGAUAAACUCAAGCUGACAUUUGCAGAGAAAGGUGAAGAGGAGGAGAAUGUAGACCAACUGUUGCACUGGACUAAGAAUUUGGAUGGAACGGUACUUUCCACACCUCACUCUCUUACUACACCGCUGUAACGUUAGUGCAUUGCGGCAAAUUUGUUUAAAAACUGUGAAAAAC